GGCUCCGGACCUCUUCUUCCUCCUGCUGGGUCCUCUAAACUACUGAACAAACAGGAACCAGUGUCGCUCCUGGGUCUUUCUAGAGGCGGCCUCAACAAUUCCAUUUCAAAGUCCCUUGUAGAAGACGAGUCUCCGAUCUUCUUUUUAUGACGACUGGGUACACGUGUGAUCUUCUAUCUCUACCCUACGUCGGCAAUCUCCACAGCUACAUGUCCAGAUUUAGCCAACAAUCUAAAAAGGGUCGGGGGAAAGGUUGAGAGCAGCUUUUUCAUAUUAUAUACACAGGCCUUCUACGGCGGCAGGACAGCAUGCUUUUCCGUCAUUGAUCCCGCCCCCUAUUUUCAUUUCUGGAGCCUGUGGUCAGAUCUAGGUAGGAGCCCAAUCACAGGUCAGCUGGUUUAAAACUCCACCCACAGGAUCUCAGGGUGUUCCAAUGUUUUCAUUCAUCGGAGACACAUUGCUUCAGCAAGAAGAAGGUGCAGAUCCUCCCUCCCCAGAUUGCUUGGAAACAGGAGAAAACCGGACGUAAUCAAUGCCGUCCAGUGCACACCUACAGGAUCCUCCCCCACACCUCUCCAGGACCCUUACACAGGAUGAAGAACAGACCUCCUUGAGGCAGAGUAGCAGCUGUGGUCCGUCUACUACCUCUGCCUCUGCCUCUGAGUCAUUGUCAGGUUCUACCAAGUCAAGAAUUUCUCAAAAAAAACUGCUCGAAGGAAUGCUUCCCAAAAUCAUCCCCACUGAGUCUGCUGCUAAGCUUCUCUGUUGCUAUGCAGUGUUCAUGGCCCUCACUGUAGUUGUAAUUGCUCUAUCUAUUGCUUUGUCAGUAAAAAAGACACCACAGAUCUCAGCUGUAAAUACCUAUGCUGCUUGCCAGAGAAACUGGAUUGGAUUUGGAAAUAAAUGUUAUUAUUUUAAUGAAACGGCAAGGAACUGGACAUUCAGCCAGACCCUCUGUAAGGAACAAGAGGCUGAGCUAGCACGAUUUGACAAUGAGGAGGAGCUGAAUUUCCUAAAGAGAUACAAAGGGAGUUCAGGUUACUGGAUCGGCCUGCAUAGAGAAUCAUCAGCAGACCCUUGGAAGUGGACAGACAACACUGCAUAUAACAACUUGGUUCCCAUCAAAGGAGAAGAAAAACAUGGUUUCCUGAGUGACAAUGGGUUAAGCAGUGGCAAGGACUACAUAAAGAGGAAGUCGAUUUGUAGCAAACUCAACAGCUACACCUCACAGUGCCCGUAGUUUUGUGUCCUGGGUAGAGAGUUUGUCCUAGCAAUCAUGAGGAACACAGAACAUGCUAUCUACAGUUCCUGCAUCAUUAACAAUCUGCUAAAAUCGUCAUCAGUUCAUAAUGUGUGGUGACGUCUAUGAUGACAACUGAGGUAUAUUUUGCUUGGGAGAUCAUGAACUGUUCUAUAUUAAAUAAGUAUUCAGGUA